AUGGCAGAUCGGAGACCAUGGACGCCGACUGAGAAGCCAGGUGACGCGUCUUACAACGCGCCAGUCGUGUAUCAUGGCGAUCAUCAGAUGCAUGGAGAAGAGUCUGACGCAUCUUCCGAUGAGGAAACGGGUCUUAUCCAAGUCGUGUCUCCGGCUGGCAAGGAAGUCGUGACAAAAGAUGAGACUAGAGAGCCACAAUCGCUUCGAUUCCGAGCAUCCCAUGCUUAUCUCAAGGAGGAAGCAGCGGUACCAGCACCAGAAGCAACAAUAUAUAUACCUUAUCGUCUGCCACCUACUUCGGACACAUCAAAAGACGAUACUCUUCAUACACUGCGUCCAAGAGGGAAUUCCCAGGUUCUAAAUCCCGCUCCAGAUGAGAGAUCACCAGCUGGUAAUCCAUACAGACUAUCGAAGAUUCUUGGUACACCAAGUGACCCUGCCUUACAGAAACAAUUACAGCAGCAGAACCGGGAGCUUCCUAACAGUGGACGACCGGAACAGUCACAAUCAAACAAUCCUUACAGGCUUUCGCAAGGGCCCAGAUCCGAAAGUACUGAAGACUUAAUAAUACAGCCACAAAAACCAACGCAAGCAUCAGAUGCUGGAAAUGUAGCUUCAGCACCACUCGCUGUCAUACAUCGUCUUUCGGAGGGAUUGUUAUCGCAACGCUCCGACUCGACAGCGACGAUCAAGCCGCGACACGUACCACAAGUGCCAACCAUAAAAGCAGGUGACGAUUUACCUUCCAUAACAGGCAUAUCUGCAAAAGAGAUCAAGAUCUUGCUCGUUAACCCCAAUUCUACAAAGUCAGUAACAGAACGAUGCCUAGAAAGUAUCGUAGAGACACUUCCACGACACGUAACAGUGUACGGAUUCACGCCAUCGAGACCAGCUCCUACUGCCAUCGAAAGCCACACAGAUGCUGUGAUGUCAACAGCAGCAUGUACCAAGGCGAUCCUACCGAUAGCGGCUAAAUACGAUGCCAUCCUCGUUGCCAGUUUCGGUCAUCAUUCGCUGGUAACGGCCUUACGCGAGCACUUGAUGCAGCCUGUCAUUGGUAUCAUGGAGGCGUCGCUAUAUGCAUCACGAAUGUGUGGAUCGAAAUUCGGUAUCUUGACGACCGGCAUGCGAUCGAUGUACACGUACGAUGCUGCUGUGAAAUUGAAUUAUGGUCUUGGCGCAUUCUCUGUCGGAACAGAAUCAACAAGGCUCAGUGAGUAUCAGCUCGAGAAUAGACCAGAGGAAGAAGUUGAAGAGAGAUUGUUACUCGCAGCGAAGAGGCUGCAAGCGCGUGGUGCUGAUUGUAUCUGUUUGGGAUGCGCAGGCGUGACAGAUUACAAGAAGGUAUGUCAGGAUGCUGUUGGCAUGCACGAUCGUGUGGCAAUGGUUGUUGAUGGUGUCAGUAUGGGCGUGCACUUUUUAAUUGGUCUGUGGGCACAAGGCACUCAAACCGAGAGGCUGAAGAGCAAGCACGAUAUGGUCAGUCGUGGCCGAUUUGGUUAUGAAUCAGAGCAUCGAGUCACAGGUAGGCAUCGUGCCAACCAAUACCACUUGACAAUCACCUCAGCCUCCACUCAUACGAAAUGCCAGCAAGAUCGCAGCGUCGAGAGACCUGAAAAGGGUGGCAAGGCGCGAAAUCGGACUUCGCGCACCAUUACGCAGCUCGGCCAGGCUUUAGAGUCGAAGGACAGUGACUAA